AUGUAAAUGCUAAUAUGUUGUUGUAAUUAUUAGUCGUGGCUGCCAAUGAUCUGAAAUGGCAAAUACCGUCGGGCAUGUUCAGGCCAUUCGUGGAGAUAAAUCUUAUUGGGCCCCACCUUCAGGACAAAAAGAGAAAAUUUGCGACCAAAUCAAAGUCGAAUAACUGGUCUCCCAAAUACAACGAAUCAUUCAGCUUCACUAUCGGUAAUGAAGAGCAGCUCGAUUUCUUCGAGCUUCACAUUUGUGUUAAGGACUAUUGUUUUGCCCGAGACGAUCGCCUUGUGGGAGUUGCAGUGAUACCAUUGAAGGAUAUAUCAGAAAAGGGAUCAGUUGCGUGUUGGCUACCUUUGCAGCGACGUAUCGAAAUGGAUGAAACAGGUUGGACCAUAUUGCGUAUACUAUCGCAACGAAAUAACGAUGAAGUAGCCAAGGAAUUUGUCAAGCUCAAAUCAGAGAUACGUCAGGAGCCAACAAUGGGAACUUAAACUGACUGGAUGGAUCAUACCAGACAUACACACGCACACACACAGACACACCCACACACAUAUAUACAU